AUGAAACAACGCUCAAAAGUUAGUAGUCAUAACGUUGUCGCGAUUUUAGGUUGUAGUUUAAUGGUAUUGUUUGAUGUGGUCACUCCAAUGGAAGUUUUUAGUAGCUUCCGUGGAGAGACUUUAUUAUUGGUCGUUGCCUUCAUGAUAAUUCAUGGAAAGUUGGAGCAAAGGGGUUUCGUCGAAUUCUUAAAACGUGUCUUGCUCUAUGGUAACCCGUCCCCUGCUUGGUUGUUGGCAAGGGUAUCCUUUCUUUCGGGUACUUUGGCUGCUUUGAUCAUGGAUAAUGGCGCCGUUACUUUUUUGAGCCCUCUCGUUUUUCGUCUUUGCGAUGAGAAUCGUCUUGAAAUUGAACCAUUCAUGAUUGCACUGGCAACAUCUGCAAACAUCGGUUCGGUUGCUACAGUGAUCGGAAAUGUGAAAAAUUUGAUCAUCGUGGAGACCAUUCCCGAUAUUUCAUUUUUUGAAUUCUUUGCUCAAAUGACACCCCUUGCUAUAAUGGGACUCGUAUUGAACACGAUAUUUCUCACGUUUUAUUAUCGUAAAAGUUUUGCCGAUCGAACGAUCAAACCUUACAAACCACCAAAGAACAUCAAUACUUCCCCAACUUCAACAAAUCUUUUGCCUCAAAAUGCGGUUGCGGGAAUAACCGCAACAUCACGUGAAAUCCCUGCCAUGGAAUCUUCUUAUGAUUCUGAUGAGGAUAAUUUCGCGUCAGGAAUAAUGAGUGAUAGUGAUGGAAGAGAUGAGAAUAGUGACAUGGAAAGUAAUGAUGAUGAAUCAUUACAUAGUGAAGGAGAAAAUUCUAACCUUCUCGCACGUAAAAAGAACACCCUCCUCACUAGACCACAAUUUGCCAAUGAAUUUUCUUCAUCACCGGAUCGUUUACCACCUCUGAGAAAUUAUGCUUAUGAACAAACGGUUUAUAUGAAUGAUGAUGAUAAUGAUGUUACAAGUCCAUGGGUGAUUAGGAGAGAGAGUGGUUUUAAUUACAAUCAAAGACAGAGUCAACCGGCGUUAACAAGAUUUGCUUGGGCCGCGCCAGAUCCAGAAUCUAAUUCGCGUGGUUUACAAGGACUUGGAUCAAAUAUACAAAAACAAACCGAACGAUUUAUUAGUGAUACGAGAAAUUUCUUUGGAAAUGGAUGUCUAUGGAAGAAUGCUUUUUUUAUCACGAUAAUGUUUGGAAUGUAUCUGGCAUUGUUCUUUGAAAAAAGUUUUGGGUGGUCCACUGUUACCGUGGCAUCUUUAUUAUUAUUCAUUGAUAAAAAGAAUGUGUCCAAUGUUAUCAAUAAGAUAAAUUGGGGUAUCGUCGUUUAUUUGAUUGGUAUAUUUGGUGUCAUGAGAGGUCUUUACGCAACUCCAAUACCUGAUUUAUUAUGGUAUCAAUAUGAGGAGAUGUUCAUUAGACCUGAUAUACGAAAAAUUUCAAUAUCAAUGUUCGCGUUAGCAUUUAUGUCAACCGUGUUCGCUUUAAGUUUAACUUCCGUACCGGCGGUCCUUUUAAUAUUACCUUAUAUACCAAAUAUAAUUGAGCCAAGCCUGAGAAAUAAUGCUGGAUAUUUAUUGGCUUGGAAUGUUGUCUUGGUUGGAAACCUAUCGGCUCGUAGAAGUUCUGCUGGUCUUAUCGUCUCAGAAAUUGCAAAAGAUCAAUUAUUUGAUACACCAUUAGUUCGACCUCACGAAUUUAAAGUAUGGGGGAAAUACUCGGUGUGGUCGACUUUUAUCAUUUCAAUCGUUGGUACUUUGAUGAUUUACAUCUCUUCUUAA